GCAGCAGAAGCAGCGAAGCACCGCGGCUGCCCUUCUCGUCUCUUCAGCGGAGGAAACUGUAAGCCAUGGAAGACAUAGAAGACUUGCUCAUCGGCGGCGGCGGCGGCGGAGCUCCCCCUGGUUACCGACUUCCAAUAUCCGCCGUCGGCGUAAAGCCGAAGAAGAAGAAUAAGCUGAAAUCUAAUCCUGAUGCUGAUGAUUCCAGCAGCGGGCUUUUUCCAACCCAAAAUCUACUUGCACCUAAGAUUCCAGGCACUCAGACAAUUUAUGUUAAAACCUUUGGAUGUUCUCACAACCAGAGUGACAGCGAAUAUAUGGCUGGUCAGCUUUCAGCAUUUGGUUAUUUGUUAAGCGAGAAUCCUGAAGAGGCAGACUUGUGGCUCAUAAAUACUUGCACAGUUAAAUCCCCUAGUCAGUCUGCUAUGGACACUCUAAUAACAAAAUGCAAAAAUGCAAAAAAGCCUCUUGUGGUAGCUGGGUGUGUACCACAAGGUAGUCGAGAUUUAAAGGAGCUAGAAGGGGUCAGUAUAGUAGGAGUCCAGCAGAUUGACCGUGUGGUAGAAGUUGUGGAAGAGACACUGAAGGGUCAUGAAGUAAGGCUAUUGAAUCGCAAGACACUGCCAGCGCUUGACCUCCCAAAAGUGAGAAAGAACAAGUUCAUCGAAAUACUACCAAUCAAUGUUGGCUGUUUAGGUGCUUGCACUUAUUGCAAGACAAAACAUGCUCGUGGUCACUUGGGAAGUUACACAGUAGAUAGCCUUGUAAAUCGUGUAAGAACUGUCAUCAAUGAAGGAGUCCGGGAAAUAUGGUUGAGCAGUGAAGAUACUGGGGCAUAUGGCCGUGACAUUGGGGUCAAUCUUCCAAUUUUGUUAAAUGCAAUUGUUGCCGAGCUUCCUCCUGAUGCAAGCACAAUGCUUCGGAUUGGGAUGACAAAUCCUCCUUUCAUUCUUGAGCAUUUGAAAGAGAUAGCUAAUGUUUUGUGUCAUCCAUGUGUAUACUCCUUUUUGCAUGUGCCAGUUCAAUCUGGGAGUGACACAAUCUUAAGUGCAAUGAAUCGAGAAUAUACAGUCAGUGAGUUCAGGACUGUAGUAGAUACCUUAACUGAGCUUGUUCCUGGGAUGCAGGUCGCAACUGAUAUAAUAUGUGGAUUUCCUGGGGAAACGGAUGAAGAUUUUUGUGAAACUAUCAACCUUAUUAAAGAGUACAAAUUACCCCAAGUUCAUAUCUCACAGUUCUAUCCUCGACCAGGGACACCUGCUGCUAGGAUGAAGAAAGUUCCAAGUGCUAUUGUCAAGAAACGAAGCCGCGAGUUGACUUCAGUUUUUGAAGCUUUUACUCCAUAUAAUGGAAUGGAGGGCAGAGUGGAAAGAAUUUGGAUUACAGAAAUUGCAGCUGAUGGAAUUCACUUGGUUGGCCAUACCAAGGGGUACAUACAGGUGCUAGUAAUUGGCCAUGAAACUAUGCUGGGAACUUCUGCUUUGGUGAAGAUAACAUCCGUUGGAAGAUGGUCUGUUUUCGGGGAAGUGAUUGAAACCAUCGUCACCAAACAUCAUAAAACAACUGCUCUCGAAGACAUGCCGAUUCAAGCCAAAGUUCCUCCCUGCUCUGAUGCUCAUGAAACAUGUGCAUGUUCCGUGGAACCCGAAGCUUGCGCUUGUGGACCAGAAAGCUGCUGCAAAGGACCAGUUGCUCUGGAUGAGAAAGAUGAUUCUUCAAGAAAUAUCCCAUUGCCUGAAGAGCCCAAACGGAAGAAUCUGGUUGAAUGGCUAUUGCGGAAACGGAAGAGCCAUGCGCCCAAAAGGGAGGAAAGGGAAAGUCCGGUAGUGUCCGAGAGAAAGCAGGCAUCGGCUGGAGGAAGCAUGGAUGAGUGGGGCGUCGUCGAUAGGAUUCUUGUUGGAGGAAUACUAAUCAGUAUCUUCACAAUUGUUGGUCUGCUGUUUCAUCUUGGAUCCACGACACUCUCCUCCAGUUGAUGAUAUUAAUGAUAUUAUACAAUGCUAAUUUGUAUUGAACCAUAUUUAAGAAAGUUUGUAAUGAGAGCUAUAAUCCAUCGUAUCUUCAUGUUCCUUUUUCAACUUUCAUCUAUGGAGAUCGUGUUUUGACGGUCACAAUUUCAGUUGUAAUUUGAGAUCUCAGCGAUUUUGUUUCAA